UCGUUCAUUAUCGAUCGGAACAGUGAGGGCGCAGCAUAUAGGAAUACGAAAUUUAGAUGUUCUUUCUUGUGUAUUAUGUGAUGAACUCAUUUUUUCAAUAAUCUUCUUAAAAAAGUAAUGUCAAAAUAACAACCAGCUAACACGUGCCUUAAGUUCUAUAAAUUCAUCGUUUAUUUAUUUGCUCAACUUAACGUAAAGUGAGUUUUUCUCGCUAACAGUUUCCUUCGGCCAUCUUAGCAACUCGAUUCUAAACAAACGUGCCUCAUCGGAUCCGCAAUGGCGGAGACAAACGGGGCCGCAAAUUUAAACACUAAAAAUGGAAAUUUCAUUUGCGGUGUAGUAGAAGGAUUUUAUGGAAGACCAUGGACAACGGAGCAACGAAAGGAUUUGUUUCAAAAACUAAAAAAAUGGGGAAUGGAUUCAUAUUUAUAUGCACCCAAAGACGAUUAUAAACAUCGUGCUUACUGGAGAGAUUUGUAUACGGUGGAAGAAGCAGAACAUCUAACGGGUUUGAUUACAGCUGCUAGAGAAUGUGGUAUCACGUUUUAUUAUGCUCUAUCGCCAGGAUUAGAUAUCACGUAUUCUAGUGCCAAGGAAGUAGCAGCCUUAAAGAGAAAAUUAGAACAAGUCAGCCAAUUUGGUUGUACCGCAUUUGCCUUACUAUUCGAUGACAUAGAGCCUGAAAUGAGCGAAGCAGACAAAGAAAUGUUUCAAUCUUUCGCGCAUGCACAAGUUUCUGUCACCAAUGAUAUUUUUCAACACCUUGGGCAACCUCGUUUUCUUUUAUGUCCAACGCAAUAUUGUGCAACUCGAGCAAUACCCAAUGUAUCCUCUUCCGAGUACUUAAAUACCCUUGGAAUGAAAUUAGCUCAAGAAAUUGAUAUAAUGUGGACAGGUCCUAAAGUAAUAUCAAGGCUCUUAACGGUUGAAUCUAUCGAAGAAAUUACAGAAGUUCUCAGAAGGCCGCCUGUCAUUUGGGACAACUUGCAUGCUAAUGAUUAUGAUCAAAAAAGAGUUUUCCUUGGGCCGUAUUCAGGUAGAUCGCCUGAUCUUAUUCCUAAACUCAGAGGUGUUCUGACCAAUCCAAAUUGUGAAUAUGGCGCGAAUUUUGUCGCUAUUCACACUUUGGCACAAUGGAGCAGGUGCAAUAUUGAUGGGAAGAGAGAUUUAAGUCUGAACGACACUGUAUCCGCCGAUAUUAAAUUAGAAACAGAGACAGAAGAUGGAGUUGUUGGGGAAGACGUACCUUCAACAUUAUCUCCAAAUAUGUAUCAUCCACGUCAUGCGCUCAAAAAUGCGAUAAAUGAAUGGUUGUCAGAAUUUAAUAAGAAAAAAGUAGCAUGGGGCGUCAUCGCGAAACCACAGCCAUGCGUAGCUCCCACAAUACCGAUCCCAAUUAUUCCUUCUGUAAAUACUUGUAUGAGCUUGACAUCCACAACAACAACAACGGUUCCUGCAACUCCUACACCAGUAACUAAUUCGAAUCAUCUUCAAGCAUUGGCUGAAGUAUGCUCUACCGUUACAAGUAGUGAUAGCUUUGCCCAACCAUCUUCUGGACCCAUGAUGAAUUCUUUAGUAUCUGAUACCAAAGUAAUCAGCGAACCUAUUGUUUCAACGAUAUCUCCCAGUGUAGGAAAUGAGGGAAUUACAACGACCUUGUCUUCGGUUGAGCCAAUGGAUUGUAACACAACCCCAAGUGAUUCUCCUGCUCAUGGAAUAAAAAUACACGUAGAAGACGAUAUCAUGGUGGAAAACACUUCUACAUGUAGCGAAGCUUCCGCAGGUAUGCAAGUAGAAGUAGAUGGUACUUCUCCUACAGUAAAUGGUACACAAAUGAUAAUCGAGAAUGAUAGUGAAACUCAUGAGAAUACUGAUAAUGUAGAUCAAGAGUCUUCAUCGAUAAAAGAUGCAGACAAACAAUUGACUCAAGAGGAUCUAUGCUUGUUGUGUGACUUAUUCUAUUUACCGUUUGAACAUGGUGGUCAAGGUAUUCAGUUAUUACAAGAAUUCAACUGGUUAAAGAGCAAUGCUCAUGUUGUUAUGAAAAAAUCAAAAGAAGAGGAUGCUGUUUCGCAAUCUGACAUUGAAGAAUGGCAUGCACGUGCAGCUAAAUUAAAUGAUAUGUGUAAUGCAGUAAACAGAUUAUUUCAAAGACUUACGUACUGUAAUAAUCGCGAACUAUUAUAUGAUUUAUAUUCAUAUAUGUGGGACAUGAGAGGAGUUGUAUCAUUGCUAAAUAGUUAUGUAAAAUGGUUAGCAUUUGGCAGAUUCCCAGCGACGAUGACAACGUAUACCCAGGGAAGCUACACAUGGUUUUCAAAUGGUUGGAAAGAAACAUUUAUGAGUGGUGAUCAAGAACCAUGGGUCUUUCGCGGUGGUCUUACUGCUGACCUACAGAGAUUAAUUCCAGUGGACAGCGGUAACGAUUUAUUUGUUUAUAAAGCACCAGAAAUACCUAGUAGUAAAAUAUAUACAAUACGGCCUUAUUUAGCGAGCGAUGAAGAAGCAGUUUAUGCAGUAUGCAAUCAAAUUUCUAAUUGCACAGGAUCAUCGGCUGUAGCAGACAAAUUAGUUGGUGGAUUUUUAACAUUAAGUCCUGAAUUAUGUAUGAUUGUUGAAGAUGAGAAUGGAAUAGUAGGAUAUGCACUAGCUGCCUUAAACGUUAAAUCUUAUAACCAGAGGUUGGCAGUUUCUUGGAUUCCCGAAUUAAAAAUGAAAUAUCCUUUAGAUAAUGGUAUGAAUAAUUUACCACAGGAUAUUCAGGAUGCAAUACAGUAUUUUCAUACAUUUAGCCCAGAUGUAUCAGAGCAACUGUGUAGACAUCAUCCGUCAAAACUUUUGUGCGCAAUACUACCUACUGUAACAGAUCAAUCAAUUCCUAAAAGAUUGAUUACUUGUGUCUUAGCAGCUUUAAGAGCUAAUGGAUCUUUCGGGGUUCAUACAACCAUGUGCUCUACAGAUAAGGAAACUAAUGAAUUUUAUACAAAAUUAGGAUUUGUUGAAUUGAAUCCAGCACAGGAGGAACAUCCUGGAAUAAAAACAAUGUGUAGAAGUUUCUAACAGAGACUGAACACACAACUAUUAUUUUUAAAUAAAGUAUAUUUACUUGGACCUUCAACAAAGAAAGGAUUUAUGACAUAAAAAAUUUCGCGACAAGUUAAAACUGUUUUUAGAUUUUUAUAUAUAUAUAUGUGUAUAUGUACGUACGUACGUAUGUAUAUAUGUGUAUAUAUAUAUAUAUAUACAUUUAAUUCAAACAUGAGAAAAAUUUUAUCCUUUUUUACAUUUUUUUUUUUACGCUCUGGUAGUGUGAGUAAAAUAUAUUAAAACAUAAAACGUAUACUUUGUCUUAACAGAGAUAUACAUAGAAGAAUGUAAAAGUAUUUAGUGUAAUUAAAUAAUUUUUAUUUCUUUCUUUCAUUAUAUAAUGCUAAAUUAAUCCUUCGCACUCUUUACAAUUCCUUUACAAAAUGCCUAACUUUUAGUUGUAUUUAGUCCAAUUUAUAAGAGAUUUAUAAAAAAAAACGCGAUGUUAACAAAAAAAAAAAAAAAAAAAAGAUAAACUAUUCAUAUCUUUUCUUUGAAUAAUAGCAGACAAAAAAUAUGCAUACAUAUUACAAAAAAAAAAAACUUAUUGUUAUAACAGAAAUAUCACAGUGUAUAAGAUUUCACUCUCCUCUGUCUAUUUAAUAUAAUGGUAAAUACAUAUAUCAUGUAUAUAUUAAAAAUAAAUACUGUAUAAAAUAUGGAUGUAGUGUCCUUGGUAAAAGUCAGUAAAGGAGAGCAUAAAUUUCCAAAUCUUUAGAAUUGUUUGCAUUAUUAAUAUUUCUGCUUAUGUACAAUAUUAUAUGGUUGUAAUGAUUAAUAGCUAAUCAUUUGUGCAACUAAUAUGUACAUAAACAAGAGUUAUAUGAUAAAAUGCCAUUAUGUGUGUUCAAUAAUGGAUGUCUAAAUCUUAUGACUUGUUAAGAACUAUUUUCUUAUUCAAGAUAUAUUUAUAAUCUAUUGAAACCAAUUUUGAUCAUAAUCUGUUUUAAAUAGUUACUAUUCUGACGAUAUAAAAUUAUUGAUUUUAUACAAUAUUCAUUUUAUAAUGUAAUACGAGCCUAAAAAUGAUAUUAGAAAUGUUUAAGCGGAUAUUCUAAACUUAAGGACGAAUAUAACUUACGCAUCUAUUCUACGACUUCUUGUUUAUUGUUUAAUCGAUCAUAAAAAUUUAUAAGCUUUUUUUAUUUUAACGUAUACUAAAAUUUAUAUAUUACAAUAUUCUUUAUAACUAUCUAUAAAAGCAUAAAUGAUAUGCAUACGUAUUUUUUAUUACUGAUAUUUACUUUAUAAUUUCGUACUAUGAAUAAUAUAAAUUGGUUCUACAAAUGCAAGGUACAUCAUUUCAAAUUGUGAUAUAUAGUUGUCUAGUAAUUAUUAUUUUGUUUGCAUGUUAUUAUGUUAAAAGAAAAAACUAUAUAUAUAUAUAUAUAUAUAUAUAUAUAUGUCAUUGUCAUUACUCAUGAUUAAUAUUUUAUAUUAUAUAACAGAUUAUUUGACAUAUAGAUCUACAAUCAUAGUGCAUUAAUUAAAUAUAAAUUAUAAAAUAUGAAUACACAUACAAGCAAUUUCGCAUAAAAUUCACAUUUCGAUUUAUACUUCCGAAUAUAGAUUUAAGGCAUUGUGGUAAUAUUGUGUCGCUGAAGAUGAUGUAUUUCUUUUUGUAAAAAACAAAUCUGUAAACAAUAUUUGUACAAACUUUCAA